CGUCAGGAUAGGAGGGAGGAGGAAGAGGAAACGACGAGAUGUCGGGUUAGAGAGGGGAGGGAAGAGGGACAUCGGGAUGGUGGAGAGAGGGGGAGAGGGGGAUCGGGAUGGAAUCGACAGGACAUGUCGGGAUAGGCCGACGAUGCGCACGUACCGGGAUGAGGGAGGGAGGGAGAGAAGGGGAUCGGGAUGGGGUCGACGGGACAUAUCGGGAUAGAGGUAGGGCUGCGCGUGCAUCGCACGUAUCGGGAUCAGGGAGGAAGGGGGAGAGGGAGAUCGGGAUGGGAUUGAUGGGACAGGUCGGGAUAGAGGGAACGACGGGACGUCGGGAUAGAGAGGGAGGAGAAGAGGGACAUCGGGAUGAGGAAGUCGACGGGGACACGUCGGGAUGGGGCGGCAAGGUCGGGAUAGGAGGGAGGAGGAAGGGGAAACGACGAGACGUCGGGAUAGAAAGGGAGGGGAAGAGGGACAUCGGCAUGAGGAAGGGAGGGGGAGAGGGGGAUCGGGUGAUGGGGAAGAAGGGCGUCGGGAUAGGGAGGGAGGGGGGGGGGCAGAUCGGGAUGGGGGACGUCGGGAUAUAGGAGGGGACGUUAGGAUGGGGAAGAAGGGCGUCGGCAUAGAAGAAGGACAUCGGGAUAGGGAGGGGGGGGAAGAGUUGAAGGGGGGAAGAGUGACGAGGCCGGACGUCG